AGAGAGAGAGAGAGAGAGACAGUGAGAGAGACAGUCAGAGAGAGAGACAGAGCCCCUGUCAUCCUGCCAGCGAAGGAGGGCGAUUAUUUUAAGCCGGAAUUGAUCCGAUCCGACAGCCUAGUCAUCAAUGUUUAUUUAAAAACAAACACCACCACUGACAGACCGCAGCUACUUCCUUCCUUUAAACGAACAAAACAUAGAGGGGGAAAGAGAAGAUGAAGGAAAAGAACCCUUCUCAUUUUCACAAGUAUCACUUAACAGUUAAACAGCUACCAGAGUUUGACAUCUAACGCUGGGACACCUGCCUGCGGGAGACUGCGCUCUCUGCAAGGUGAACACGCUCCUAGCACCGGAAGCUGUUUUCAAAGUCCAGAAAAUCCAGGCGAAGGAAAGGAACGAGCGACAGCCUUGACUUCUGAAGACAAUUGCACGAAAGGGAUGGGAAUGAGGCUCCUGUAUUGCACAGCAGUUUGCACCCCUCUAGAAUUUUAGGAUUGAGACAUAAUUAAGAACCGGAAGACAUGAUAACAGCACAUCUUCCCAGCCCCAGGGGGCGCUCUAUUUCUGUCUCUCUCUCCGAUUCCAGGAUGAAGCUCCACGAGAAACAGUUUGUGCGCCACGCUUCUGGCCCCUCCCCCGUCGACAAGGAGGGAUUCCUGAGCAAGAAGGGGGAGUCGCGCCCCACGUACCAGCGCCGCUGGUUCAGUCUGAGGGGAAACCUGCUGUUCUACUACGAGAAGAGGGGCGACCCCGGGCCCCUGGGGGUCAUCGUGCUGGAGGGCUGCUCUGUGCAGCUCUGCGAAUCCUGCGCGGGCGAUUUCGCCUUCGCUAUCGUCUUCCAGGGACCCGGGCUUCGCACUUACAAACUGACCGCGGACGACCAGCAUGAGCAAGAGUCUUGGGUUAAAGCCUUGCUUUCAGCACACUUUGGUUAUCUUCAAAUGCUGCUUCUUGAUUUGGAGAAGAUGUACCAGGAAGUCAGUGGGAAUACCAAGCCUCUAGUUUUGGGUCCUGCCCCAGGCCCCGCCCUUCCGGGCAAAGAGGGGCGGGGCUACGCCGCCAGCCAGCUUCAGGCUCCUCCCCCCAGUGGAAAAGCCAAAAAGUCCCCCAAGCUGUGGCCCAAAAGACAAGCCCAGGUCUCGCCCACUUUGGCCGAGACCCCGCCCACUGUGGGCGUGGUCGCCCGGGUGGAGGAGUGGUCUGUGGUGGACGACACGCCCCUCGAGGCUUUUGUAGUUUUACACGCGCGGUAUGGGCAGGAGGUCGGAGAGGCGAGAGAGGAGUGGAGGAAAAAGAGAGGAGAGGUCCUGUCAGACCUGAUCGAUUUAGGGUAAUAAAUAAAUACAAAAAAAUUCAGACUUCAAUGCAUAAAAAUAUAUUAAAAACCAAAAAGAAAAAAAAAAAGGCUGAGUUCUUUUUUUUUUGCAUGAAAGGGUUAAAUAGCUAUGUUAUGAUAUUGAUCAUUUAUUAUAUAUGAUUGUGAUUGUGUUUGUUUGAAAGGGCGUUUCGGCUUCAACGAAUUCGGAGGAAAACGAGGCCCUAUUGGAAGAGACUCUGCAGCAGCAGCAUUUGUUGAUGAAGCAGAGUUCACCCUCCUAGUCUCUGCGAGUCGCUUUGGAUAAAAAAGCCUUUUCCUUCAACUGUUUCCUCUAUUCGGAACCACUUUGUUAGGACCUGUCUGUCUCCCAGAUUGGGUUUGGCAUUGCGUUGGCAUUGAGGAAUGUCCUGGGUCCUUUGAUUUACUCCAGGACAGCAGUGUGAUCCAGUCCUGGUUUCACUAGGAGUUUAAUAAUCAGACUCCCGCUGCACAGCAGUGUGAUCCA